AAUAAACUACACUUGGCAGAAAUACACAAGUGCUCCUAGGCUUAAACUUUCAACUAAAAAUUACAAACGUUUUGAUAAAUUUUAACAUUUUGCUAGCACAUUAAAAGAAAUAGACUGAAAUAGUUUUUGUUGCAUUUGAAAUGAGCCAAAGACGCACAGGUUUCCUAGUGGAUGCUAAAUCAAUGGGUUUGGCAACUUCCAAAUCAAACAAACAGCCAGCAGCUUGCCCAGCUGCCAAUCAACAGAUGGAGCAGCAACAAUCUAUGGAGGAGCGCUUCAGUGCCUCGGCGCUAUUUACGCCGCACAAUGAGCUGCAUCUACGCAGUCCGACAGCAGCGUCAGCGAGCGGCGCAGCGGGAGCAGCGGAAACAGUGCGCACUUGCCAUUCACAGUGUAAGCAACAGUGUAGCAAGGAUCCCCUGCCCACAGAUUACUAUCGAGCGCAGCUUAAAAAGCUGCGCGAAACCGCUGGCGAUGCAGCCGCCAUGAACUAUGAGCUCAAUAGCAUUUUCAUAAAGCGGCUCGAGGAGCUGGAUAGCCUGGAUGAGCAAUGCGGCGGCGACGCAUCGAAUCAAACACCACAAAUGCGUCUGAUAACCUUUCAGGAGUGGGUGGAUUUGCUGCUGCAUGUGAAUCACGUCAUCUUUGGCAACGUUACCUCCAUGGAGAAGGAGUCCUGUGAGCUUAUCAUGAACUGUUUUCAAUCUGUGCGCGGCGAGCAGCAACAAGUGCUCGAGGAGAAUCGUAAACUGCGCAAGGACAUGUGCGCCAUCAUCAAAUUAGUGCAGGAGGCGUUUCAUCACAAUGCCUGGAACACGGAUAACAUUUGCCUGGAGACGCUGUCCGUGAAUCAGCUGCUGGGCAUACAAACGGACGCUGCGCAGUGUCGUCCUCAAAGCGAAAGCGAAAAGGUAACCGAACGCAUUAAGUCGCUGGCCAAUGAAGUGGCCGCCAAGCACGACGAGGUUUGCCAUAUGCAGAAUCAAAUCUGUGCACUCGAUGAAGUGGUCCAAACGGCGCGCCAAAAGAUUAUACUGAAGGACAAGUGCAUAGCACAACUGAAUCAACAGCUAACGCAUUUGCAGGACGCGCUAUCGAAAAUGGCUGAGCCGGGACUAAGCAAGGAGUUGCCAACAGAAAGUGGCAAGGAGUGUGAAACGAGUCUGAGCAAAGUCGACAUAAGCAGCAGCAUGUUCGAUGAUCUAAACGAAAAGGAUCAGCAUUCCAACGAGCUGCUGCGGCUGCUCAACAAUGAGUUUAUGGAAUAUAUAGAGUUGAUUAGCAAAAAGGAUGAGCAGACCGUCGAUUGUCGCAAGAAGUUUGUCGAAUGCUUCUUCGAAAGAUUCAAAGCUGAUUGCUCGAAUACUGUACAAAAGUUGGCUUAUAUACGCGCACAGCUGGAAAGACUGCAUGCUGAUGCCAAUACUGAUUGCUGGACGGACACGCCCAUAGCCACCUGCGAUACGCUGAGCGAGCAUGAUCCGGAAUAUAGACUCAUUGAAUCGUUGCGUCGUCGCAUGUUUGCGCUCAAUGAAUGCAACAAGAAGCUCAACGAUCAAUGCCAAAGGCGCGAAGCGGAGCUUAAAAUGAGUGCUUUGCAUUCGGAUAGCAGAUACCAAGCUGAGCGUGCAAUCAAUGAAAAGACUAGCAAUGCGUUAAAGCAAAUUGCUGAGCUACUAACAAGAUUGCGCUGCUCAGACUUAUCCUAUGCCGAUUACUUGACCGAUUCGAGUGCGGAGAAUCCUUUUUGUGUUGCCAUAAGCGAAAUAUUUGACAAGGUGGAGCAGCUCGAACUCGAUCUUGAUAAAGAAAGACAAGCUAAAGAACGCUUGAUAUGCCAGGUACACAGCCUACAGUCCGCUCUCAAGGAUCGCGAGCAGCAGAUCACGCAGCUGAACUCGAUGGUGAAUAAUUAUGUGUCCGUGGUGGAGGCCAAGAAGCUGCAGGAGGAGAUCUUCAAGCUGAAGCAAAAGAACAGUGAACAAUCGCAGAGAAUAAGAGAAAUUGCUGCGCUGUUGAAGGCGCAAGAGGAUGAGCGCGAAAAGCUUUGCAACAAGCACGAGAGUCUAAUGAACACCUCAGAGGAUCAGUUCAAGGAGCUGAGGCGAGCCAACAAAGAGGUGCAGAGCCUACAGCAGCGCCUAAGUCAGGUGGAGAAGCGCCAGGAGGAGCUCAAAAUGGAGCGCAAUUUGUUGCGUGAUGAAGUGCUGGCAUUGAAAGAGAAGGAUGCCAAGCAAACAGGACGCGAUCGAGCAACUUGCGAUCAGCUGAAGCUGCGCCAGCAGGAGCUGGACAAGUCACAAUGCCUGGUGCAUGACAUGCAAGCGAAACUGGACCAAGAGCAGCGCCAGCAUAGGGAGACCGUCGACAGAUUAUGUCAAGCCAAUGAGGCCAUACGGAUGAACAUGCGGAGCGUGAGCUACGAGUGCAAGCAGAUGCAGCUGAAACUAAAGCAGCAGACGGACGUGAACGAGCAGCAGCAGCAAAUCAUUCAGUCGUUCCGCAAGUGGAAGGAUGCGCAGAUUCGAUCCGAUGAGGCGGUGCGGCAGUGCACCAAGCGCGCCGAGGAGCACAUCAACAUGCUGCUCGAGGAGAAUAAUAGGCUCUGCGAGGAGUAUCGACGCAUCUACAGCGACUAUUGCUUGCUUGAAGUGGAAAUGCGACGUGUCAAGAAGGCAGUCAAUGAUACGGGUCUACCCAUCAGCGAUAGCAUGCAGAGCCAGCAGAUACAGCCCAGCGAUGAUCAGAUGCUCAGGCGUUUGCGCAGCACCAGACAGCGCAUUACGAAUCAGUGCAAGUCGUUGAACAAUGACAGUUCCAUAUUGCCGCCGCAGCCAUCGGCGCGAGAGCUCUGCCCACCGCCACCACCACCAUCACCACCGAUGUCCAGUGCACAGCGACGCGCUGCUGGCGGACAGACCAAGAACUGGCCGCUGCAAGCUGCGCUCUCCUCCAAUAGUUUGCUGUAGUGUGACCUCAAACUCAAUUUUAUCCAUUCCUCAAUCUGUGUCCCUUUUCCCUGCUUUGACUCGUCGAAUGUCAAUACUUCCCCAUUUCCAAUUUCAGAUUUCAUUUGUAUGCACACAUAAACAUGAAUACAUUAACACACACUCACACAACCAGACAUCGGCCAAUAUUUGUAAAUCAAAAGUUGUAAAUUUUUAGAUAAUAAAUGCUACAUGUGCUUGUGCAACUCAAA